GAAAGGACCUGAAACCGGGAAGGGCCUGAAAUGCGAGUGAGAGAAUAGAGAGCUAGAGGAGUGGUGAUGCGCCGAGAGCGGGCCUGUGCAUGCGCCGGAAUCACAGGAGGACGGGCGCGCGAGGGGAGGCAGGAGGGAAGAGAGUAGGGAGGGUGUUCUUGCUGCUUGUUGUUGUCCUUUGCGAGGAUUUCGGGCUCUGCGUCGAAUUUGCACAUCUGCACACAGACUCAACUUACUCAAGGCAUCAGGGACAGGAAGUGUUGCUGGGGAAGAGACAUCUGCUGGGAUUCUGCUCAUACUGCUCAUACUGCUUUCAUGACUUGCUCGAGGGCUUAAAUCUAUCUACAAAGGCAUAUGCCUGUUCUGCUCCCAGAAUCACCUACAGAAUACCGCUUUGACAUAGACGAUGAUGAACUCCAUGCACUUAUGGACCUCCAGGAGCAGGGCCUUCUCCCUCCAGCCAAGGAUGAGCUUGCAACAACCAUCGAGUCAUCUUUACUCACCGCCGAUGACUUGCUCACCCACAAUCAGGAGCAAGAUAGCGCAGAGCAGAUCGGUACGUGAGUACGCGUGACUCCCCAGCUGAGCUAAUCUU